AUGACUCCUUAUAGCUCAUUCCAAAACUCAACUAUUUGCUCCUCGGGUGUUACUCAGUGUAGUCUUGCUAAGACAGUACACAGAUAUAACCAUUCUCCGGUAGACACCACCAACAUAUUUUGUACUCAAAACCGUUCUACCGGCAAAUCUAUAAUUUCGUCACUUGACUCUGAUUCAUCAGAUUACGAAGAUUGUUGGGAUUGCUCAAGCAACGAAGAUAAUGCUGAUUGGGGAAUCUCAGAUACCGACUCCGAAGAUGAAUAUGUGCUUGAAAUUAAACGUCAUGCAUACACCAAAAAAGUUGCGAGUUGUUUUGCACAAUUAUUUGGUGAUCUACCUGAGGUUUUACAUUCCUCUUUUACAUCUCCUGUUGAAUCGGCACCAAUAGAAGAGGAAUACAAUGAUGAUGGAGAACUUGAAAAUGAAUGUCCUAGAUGUGGUGCAUUGUUCUGGUAUAACGAGCGUAUUGGUCGAAGCAGGAAAACAAAAACACCAAUUUUCACUAUGUGCUGUCUUAGAGGGAAAAUAAAACUUCCUGUUCUAAAAGAACCUCCGGCUUAUCUACAUGGUCUUCUAACGAAUGACGAUGGCCUUAGUAGGCAUUUUCGGGAUAAUAUUCGCGCUAUCAACAUGAUGUUCUCUUUUACAUCACUUGGGGGAAAGAUUGAUAAUUCAAUUAACACAGGUCAAGGAAGUGUGAAGCCCAAUCCUAAUGAAGCGGCUAAGUUUUCACAGUUGUAUAUUCAUGAUACCCAAAACGAAGUUCAAAACAGGAUAUCAGCAUUGAGUGGGAGUGCGGAUAAAAGUAAACUCCGAGCUGAUUUGGUGGAGUCAAUAAUGCAGAUGUUGAGGGAUUCAAAUGUUCAUGUGCAGACUUUCCGAAAUGCAAUGGAUAGAUUUAACGAUGAAUCCGAGUGCGAAGACGUCAAGCUGGUUUUGAUUCACAACCGACAAAAAGAUGGACGAGUUUACAAUCUCCCUACUUCAUCUGAGGUUGCAGCUUUGGUGCCCGGUGAUUUCCAACUACAUAUGGACAAAAGGGAUAUUAUUUUGGAGAAGUAUUCUGGUAAGCUAAAACGGAUCAACGAGUUGCAUCCGUGUUAUCUACCACUACAAUAUCCACUUAUCUUCCCUUACGGAGAGGAUGGGUUUCGUCUUGGCAUCCAGAACGGUUUCACAGGAUUCAACAAAAACAAGAAGCCAAAUAUUAGCAUGAGAGAGUUCUUUGCUUACCGCAUUCAAGUCCGUAGUGUGGGUUCUCAAGUUCUUCUCUUUUCAAGGAGGUUACUACAACAGUUUUUGGUGGAUGCUUAUACGAUGAUUGAGUCGCACCGACUUCGGUAUAUACGGAAGAACCAGGGUAAUCUGAGAUCUUUGAAUUAUAGUAAGUUUGUGGCUGCUGCAAGUGAUGGGUUUUCUUCCUUGCCCAUUGAAGGAAACCGUAUUAUUAUACCAUCUUCUUUCACUGGUGGACCAAGGUACAUGCAUCAAAUGUAUUUGGAUGCAAUGACUAUUUGCAAAUACUAUGGAUUUCCCGAUCUGUUUAUUACAUUUACAUGUAAUCCUAAGUGGCCUGAGUUGACAAGAUAUUUUCAGAAAUAUAAUCUCAGAGCAGAGGAUAGACCAGAUUUGUGUUGUAGACUAUUUAAAGUUAAACUUGAUACUUUGAUGGAUGAUUUAACCAAGAAACAUUUGCUUGGGAGAACCGUGUCUGUUUAUACUAUAGAGUUUCAGAAAAGAGGACUUCCACAUGCCCAUAUUCUGUUGUUCAUGGACUCUAGAGACAAAUUUCCAACAGCAGAAGAUAUUGAUCGCAUUAUUUCAGCUGAGAUUCCUGAUAAGGAAAUGGAGCCUCGAUUGCAUGAUAUUGUCAAAGACACAAUGAUUCAUGGUCCAUGUGGAGUGGUUAAUAAAAGUUCUCCUUGCAUGAAUGAUGGGAAGUGUACUAAAUUUUUCCCCAGAAAGAAUGUGGAGAAAACAACGGUUGACUCUCAAGGUUAUCCCAUUUACCGGAGAAGGGAAGAUGGUCGUUUUGUAGAGAAGAAAGGAAUUCAGCUGGAUAACGGAUAUGUGGUUCCUUAUAACAAGAAUCUCAUGCUUCGUUACAAUGCUCAUAUCAAUGUUGAGUGGUGUAAUCAGUCUCGAUCGAUUAAAUACUUAUUUAAGUAUAUCAACAAAGGAUCUGAUUGUGUGACAGCAGCAGUUACUCAGAAGGCUAGCAAGAAUUCAACUGGAGCUGAAGCUUAUGAUAAUACUGUGAAUCGCGAGGAAGGUACAAACGGUGCUGGACUAGGAGUGGGAAUGGACAAUGCUGGAGAAGGAGUUCGUAUGGACACUGCUGGAGAAGAAACAGAACCACUGGUAGAUGAAAUUAAAAAGUAUUUCGAUGCUAGAUACAUUUCUGCUUGUGAGUCAACUUGGAGAAUUUUAGCUUUUCCGACGCAUUAUCGAGCUACACCUGUUGAGAAGCUAACAUUCCAUUUAGAAGGUGAUCAACCCGUAGUCUACAAGGAAGGUGAUACAGUGGAAUCAGUUAUGGCUCGUGUGAAUGUACAGAAGACAAUGUUCCUAGCUUGGUUCGACUGUUGUGAAAAAUACCCUGAAGCUAGGUUACUGACUUAUGCAGAGAUGCCCACUAGGUUCAUAUAUGAUUCCAAGGCAAAAGUCUGGAAUAGACGGAAAAAAGGUUUUGCAAUUGGGAGGUUGCAACAUGUAUCUCCAAGUUCUGGACAACUUUAUUAUUUGAGAGUAUUGCUAAAUAAGAUAAAAGGUCCACGAUCCUAUGAAGAGAUAAAGACAGUAGAUGGAGUUGUUCAAGCGAGUUUUGAGGAUGCAUGUUAUAAGCUAGGUUUGUUAGAUGACGACAAGGAGUACAUUGAAGGUCUUAAAGAAUGUGCUUUUUGGGCCUCAGCUUAUCCUCUCCAAAAUUGGUAUGGGAAGCAACCAAAGACUUACUUUCCGAAGACAUUCUCUACCUUGAGCGACGAAGGCGUCGAAAUCCAAGUUUGGUGCUGA